AUGAAACGAACAGAACAGAUCUGUACAAGUUUCUGUGGAUCAGCAGAUUACAUUGCUCCUGAGAUGAUUCGAGGUGACGGCUACGGAUUAGCUGCUGAUCUUUGGAGCUAUGGUUGUGUGGUGUAUGAACUGUUGACGGGAUAUCCGCCCUUUUACUUGCAGCAUGAUCGCGCUCUACUAUUUCAUGCAAUUGAAACGGAUGAGCUAAGUUUCCCGAAACACUUUUCGCCUACUCUUUGCGCUUUUCUUUCGGGUCUUCUGCACAAGGAAGCGCACCAGCGUCUUGGUAAUGGACCUAAUGGAAUGCAAGAAAUCUUUGACCAUCCAUUCUUCGCUAAUGUCAGCUGGCACCGUCUGGAGACGAAGCAGGUGGCUCCACCUAUUGUACCUAAACUGACCAGCAAGUUGGAUACCUCAAACUUCGAAGACCAAUUUACUUCGCAAUUAGUUGAAGGCCACCUUGUGUACGAAGAGCGAGACUCACAAAGUGCUCUCACAGACGAGGUAGACAAUAGCUUUUUUUUUGGUGAAUUUGACUGGUGCGCGGAUGCGACGCAGUUUAAAGAAUACGCCAGCAAUAUACGUACCUAG